GCUGGUUUGGUGGAACGUGACAACUUGCAUCUACAGAGAAAUCCCCGACGCCAGCCCUUGGCUUGUGGGCCUUUCGGCAGCUCUGGGCCUUUCCACUUUGGGGCUUAAGGGCAUUAUUCUCGGCCCUGUUUUGGCGACGGUGCCUCUUAUUGCAAUUUCCGCGGCGUCGAAAUUUAGUGAGAGGCAAAUGCGCUGCCAAGAGGCUCUGGGUGCGCCAGAGCAGCAGCUGCAGCAGCAGCAGCAGCUGCAGCAGCAGCAGUUCCUGCAGCAGCACCAGCAGCAAAUGCUGCAGCAAAUCGGCCCGCGGGAGGGGACAGAAAGAUCCCAGGGCCACUUCGUGCAACAACUGCAGCAGGAGCAGCAGCUGCAACAGCAGCAGCUGCUCCUGAUGCAAAAGCAACGGCAGCUGCAGCGGGAACAGGAGCAGCAGCAGCAGCAGCAGCAGCGCUUUGCAAACGUAGCUGCGGAGAGCUCCGGGCUGCAGCGCAGCGAGGGGCCCCAGGGGGCCCCCCAUGUAGGCGAGCAGCCCAGCAGCAGCUCCACCCUUAGUUACCCUUUUUGGGGGCCCCCCGGGGGCCCCCCAGAUAGGGGUUCCUUUGCUUUGGGGGAGUGGCGCUCGGGGCCCAAGUACCCUCCGGGGGGUCCCCCAGUGCAGACCCAGACCCUCUUGGGGGCCCCCCCUGCUGCUGCGCAGGGGGCCCCCCUGGCUGCAGCAGCAGCCUCUCCAGCUUCUUCUCCUCCAGACAGUAUUCAUUCUCAGGGGCCCCUUUUGGGGGCCCCCAGCUCACCUAGUCUGGGGCCCCCGGGGGGCCCCCGCAGCCCCCCCGGGCUCUUUGGCCAGUCCCAGGGGGGCCCCCUGGGGGCGGGCCCCCUAGGAGGGGGCCCGCUGGGGGCCCCCCAGCAGCAGCAACCUGCGCUGGCUGAGCUGCUGACGCAAUUCGUUGGGUACUGCAGCGGCGGAGGUCUGGGUUAG